UUUUCCACUUCCGUUUGAGGCCGUGAAGAUUUUGUGGCCUCAAAAUUCAUUUUAACCAAAUUGUUUUGAAAUUUUAGAAUGGCUGCAUUGUUUUCCUGUACGAAAUGUCAUAGUAGACACCCAUUUGAAGAGUUAUCUCAAGGCGAACAGUUAUGCAAAGACUGUCGAAAUAAUUAUCCUAUUGUCAAGUGCACAUAUUGUCGAGCAGAAUUCCAACAAGUCAAUAAAGGCAGCACCCACUCUAUCUGUAAGAAAUGUGCCUACAAUGUUAAAGUAUAUGGGAAGCCUACAGCUUGUGAAUACUGCAGUGUGAUAGCAGCCUUUAUAGGUAACAAGUGCCAGCGGUGCACUAACUCUGAGAAGAAGUGGGGGCCUCCUUCCACCUGUGAACAGUGCAAACAGAAAUGUGCUUUCGACAGAAAUGAUGACAGUCGCAGAAAGGUUGAUGGCAAGCUCCUCUGCUGGUUAUGUACUUUGGCAUAUAAACGUGUAUUAGCCAAAGCCAAAAGGCAUCGAGAGCAUGAUGCCCAGAAAAUUGCCAGUGGAGCAAAUCGAGCCAGUACUGACAGUCAGCCAGACAAUUUACUGGCCAAGCUGGAGAGUAAAGUCAGUCAGAGCGAGAGUCGACUGAAUGAAGCAGAAUCUCGACUUGAGAAACAUUGGAGCAUUAACCGUUUGUUUAAACUGAGUGGCAUUGAUCUAGAUAAGACCCCCACAAAGACAGGUUCUAGUGGUAGUGGUGGGGGCGGUGGAAGCAACAACCACCAUAGCAACAGUAAGGAAGAGAGCCGUAGUCGGAGCAGUGAGAAGAAGGACAGGCACAAACAUGCUCGACAUCACGACAAACGAGACAAGUCACACAGCAAGAGCAGCAAGUCAAAAUCACAUCACUCAAAACAUAAGUCAGAAGACGCUUCAUCUCCCACUAGUCCAAACAAGAAAGCAAGAACAGAAAAGAAUUCCUCAAAUGGCGUAUCUACUCCUAAAAGUACCAGCAGCAGUAUAACAGACACAGCAGCUACUAUGGACAUCGGGUCCUCAGAUCAGAUGAUUGCCAUUACACAGCUUCGAGAACAGCUGGAAUCUCUUAAGAAGCAGCUGCAAGGCAAAGACCAACAGCUCAAAGAGAAGGAUAAAAAGAUUAAUGAACUUAAAGCAGAAAAAUGGGAAUUUGAAAAAGAUUCAAGAACAAAACUGAAUACUCUACAAAAACAAAGUUCUGACACAAUAGAUACUUUACAGGUCAGGAACCGUGAAUUAAUGCGUCAAGUUUCAGCCUUACAAAAAAACAACAAGAAGACAGUCAUUGCAGAGAGUCCUCAUUUAUGAGGAUAGUAUCUGUUUUAGACAUUACUGAAUACCUCUGUGUGACCUUUGUAAAGUAGCAGAUUACUUUAGUUUUCUAUGAAUGUAACAUAUAUUUAAUGAACUGAGUUUUAUGCUUACAUUAUGUCUUGCCAACUCAUGUUGUUAUGAUACUAAUUAAGAAGUUGGCUAAAACGUGUCGUAGUGUACAUUCUUUUUCUGCUAACCAAUUCUACUUUUAUGUCAACCCUUUUAUUUCAUGAUCUUAGUCCUGUUAUACUUAUUUCUAUAUUUUGUAUUAUUUUUCACGGCGACAAUAUUUGUUACAUUCAUUCAUUAAUUAGUUCAAUUUUAACUCAUUUUAUCAGGGACAUUAUACAUCUCUAUCGAUAGGCCGUUUGUGC